GGGGGUGAGCUUCGGUUCCAAGGAAAGCGGGCGCGGGCAAGAUGGCAGCGGCGGUGCCGAUGAACAUAAACAACGAGAUACUACCAGGAUCUGCUGAGUGUUUUCAGCUUGAUUCGGUUUUUAUUUCAGAUUUCCAGCAUCCACAGUGUUUUGCGCUCGCCAAGUUGAGCCAGCCAGAGAACUAUUGUUAAAUUGAGAAAAGAUGUUAAAAAAGCAAGAACUUUAAUCAUCCGGAAACUGACAAGAAACAUCGCUCAACUGAAAGCUAAAAAGGGAAUGGAAGAUGCCAUCUUGAAGAAUGUGCGACGUGCAGAAAGACUGCUAGAGGAAAUCCACACUAUGAAGGAUUUGAAACCAGAUUAUGUUUCAAGAACUGCACUUCAGAGGGACCUCAAUUUUGAAACAGUCUGCAAAAAGCCUAAUUCCACAGUAGUUGAACGAGCAGUUGCACGAAUUGUAUCACAUCCACUCAUCAGCAAAAAAAUUGCAGCUAUUAAAGCUGCCGUCAAUUCAUUCACAGAAGCAAGACAAAAAGCGAAAGAGCAGAGAUUGCAGAGUUUGCCUGAUCUGCAAACAGGAGCACUACAACAGGCAAGUCCAGAAGAAAAUUCACCUGAUAAAACAAAUGAGAUAAAAAAGGAUGAUACUGCUGGUGAGAAAACCAAAACACCAGCCAUGAAGCAAACCAGUGCAAUAGUAAAUAAACCGGAAACUGAAGCUCCACAUGAAGUCAGAACUUCCAUAACCCAAGCUGCAGAAGUUACACUGGCCCACCAAGAUAUUGAAGAGAAGAAGUGUACCCUGUCAGAAACACAGAAAGAAUUAAAUGUUCCCAUUAAGUCAGAGAAUACAAAACCUAUUGAAGCAGAUGUCAGUAACCAGGAUGUCUCCAGUGAUGAAGAAAAGGAAUAUUUUGAUGAUAGCACAGAGGAGAGGUUUUACAAUCAGACAACUAGUGAUGACAGCGGAGAUGAUGAUUUCUUUAUUGGAAAGGUGAAAAAAAUAAAUAAAAAGAAGCAAGAACUUGAUCCAACUUUUGAAAGCAACACUGUGAAAGAAGAUAAAAAAAGUAUGCCAAGUAUCAUGAAAGAAGGAAAGAAUGAUCCCAAAAAGAACAGUGGCACAAAAACAUUUGGAUCUUUAUUUUGUAAUAAUUUGUCUGGUUCAAAGGCUUCAACGCAGAAGAGCCACUUUCGAGGAAAUAACCAGAGCAAGAAAUCAGAUGUUAAACAAGACAAAAGCUUGUCCUUUCGUGACAGAUCAUGUAGGAGGCCUGGUGUUGUAAUUCCAAAGCCACAGCAAUCACUUCAUCCCUCUUGGGAAGCAAGCAGAAAGCGGAAAGAGCAGACCCAAAUCCUUGCAUUCCAGGGGAAAAAGAUCAGAUUUGAUGAUUAAUUUUUUUUAACCAGGGAAAUAACAUUUUAUUACAUUAUUUUGUAUUCAAGGCAGUUCUAUAUAAUGACAGUUAUCACAUAAACAACAAACAUCUGUCCUGUGUUUUUAUGCCAAAAGGAAUUGUAGAGUUCAUUUUAAUGCAAUUUAUUUAUCACAGAUAGUUUCCAGAUUUUUUGAAGUACCCUUUCUGGAAAAAUAAACAUUUAAAAUUCAUAUUAAAAUGCAAUACAAGAUUUGUUAAAUAUUAAGUAUGUAAUACGGGAUUGCUUUUUUAAUAUUUUUUUCAGGCUAGAAACAUUCGAAAUAUGAAAAUAAAGGAAGUGUUAAAUUGGAAAAUUUCUAUAACUAUAAUUCAGUGAAUCUUCUCAUUCAACAUUUUGGCAGUUAUUCAAAUUUGUGAUGGUCAGUGUUUUGUCACAAUUGUAAAACAGAUCCAUGUAAUCAUUUCCUACUGUGUCUUUUGUGAAUUAUUCCCACAGCUUGAUGAUGCUUUAACCUUGAAUAUUUAAAGGCAUCUCUUUGUUUAAGCUUCCAAUGAUGAAUGGUAUUAAGAGAACUAGACAAAUGCAAACUAGACAAUGUUGAGGAGUUCUCUGAAUAAAUUCUGUCAAUAAAUGA